AUAGCACCACUACACUCCAGCCGGGGUAAACAGAGCGAGACCCUGUCUCGACAACGACAAAAACAAAACCAAUGAAAAGAUAAUUUCGUAUUUAAGUUACCCAAGAAAGAGCUGUAAUUUGAAUCAGAUCUUAAAUCAUGACUAAGAAAAAGAACACUCAGUUAGAGGAAUUAACUUUAGAAAACGCACUGAGGCAAAAAGGAAUACAGUGUUCACGAGUAAACAUUGUUUUGAAUGUCAGGAGAAACAUUAGAUAGGAAAGUGCGGUUUGUCUUUCUAAGAAGCUUGGACUUUCUCCAAUAACAGUUGUUUUUGUCUUUUAUAGGAAGCAUGGAUUCUAUUAGUGGAACCUUUGGGACCGAAACGCCAAAGCUUCUGGGCCCACCAUCAACGCAGCUCUGCUUUCAUUUCUUUCAUAUGCCGUUUCCACAUAAGAUUUCAUGCAGAAAACAAACCCGCAAAGGUUUUAUAUUGACAACAGUACAUUAAGUGUUUAAUUUGUACAAAGCGUCUCUUCCAGACACUUGCCCUGUCUCAUUUACUCUCAUACCACCACAGUGUCCUUUACAGAUGAGAAGACAAGCUCAGGGAGAUGACAUAUUUACCUAGGUCCCAUAACUGGCAAGUGACAGUGCUGCAGUUUAAGCUCAGGCCGUCUUGGGGCGAGACCGCGCUCUUUUACCAUUGCACUUUAAGCUGACUUUAGGGGAAACACGAUCUGAGUUUUCACAAGUUUACUUCUGGCACAUGCAGUCCCGAGCACUGCUUUUUGGCUAAAAUGCCCAGUGAUAUCCAUAACCGUUAGGUCAAUAUUCAGAAGAGACGUCGAAAGGACGUCUGUUUCAGUUCAACAGACCGAAAACACACCAGACAGUCCCAGGAACCCCAGAACUCUUGCCUCUGUCGGCGCGGGCGGCUAAAACGUCACUUAAACGCGCUGCCGCCCCCUCGCCCCGCCCCGCUGCGUUGGCCCCGCCCCGCUGCGUCGGCCUGCCCCUGCGCGGAGGUCGGGCGGGGCAUUCUCUUCACCACCUUGCCCACCGGGGUGGCGCGUGGCUUACGCGACCGUUACUAGGCUCCUGGGCCGCUCCCUGCCAGCGAGGGCUGCGAAAGGAGUUGUAGCCUGGUUAAGAAUCAUUUCUCAGGAACGACUACAGUCAUAUGGAGCAUGUACACCACAGAAUCAAAAAGUGAACAUUUGGAGGAUGAAAACUUCCAAACAUCUACAACUCCUCAGAGUCUCAUUGAUCCUAAUAGUAUUGCACAUGGAGAAACUAAAACUGUCCUAUCAGAUACAGAAGAAACAAAACCACAGACAAAAAAGAAGACAUACAUUUCUUGUCCUCUAAGAGGAGUAUUGAAUGUAAUUAUUACAAAUGGAGUUAUACUCAUUACGAUUUGGUGUAUGACCUGGUCAAUCUUAGGCUCUGAAGCUCUCCCUGGUGGAAAUUUGUUUGGAUUGUUAAUUAUUUUUUAUAGCGCCAUUAUUGGGGGAAAAUUUUUAGAACUCAUUAGAAUACCUUUAGUGCCUCCACUUCCACCUCUUCUUGGGAUGUUGCUGGCUGGUUUUAUAAUUAGGAAUGUUCCAUUCAUCAGUAAACAUGUCCAUGUCGAUAGCACAUUGUCUUCAGUUUUAAGAAACAUUGCCCUUACUGUUAUUCUAAUACGAGCUGGGCUUGGACUUGAUCCACAGGCUUUGAAGCAAUUGAAGGGGGUUUGUUUCAGAUUGGCAGCAGGUCCAUGCCUUAUAGAGGCAAGUGCAGCUGCUGUUUUUUCCCACUUCAUUAUGAAAUUUCCUUGGCAAUGGGCAUUUCUAUUAGGUUUUAUUCUAGGUGCUGUCUCUCCUGCUGUUAUUGUUCCUUCCAUGCUGCUGUUGCAAGAAAAUGGAUAUGGUAUUAAGAAAGGCAUUCCAACCUUACUGAUGGCUGCUAGCAGUAUGGAUGACAUUCUGGCUAUCACUGGAUUCAAUACAUGCUUGAGCAUAGUCUUUUCCACGGGUAGUAUAGUUCAUAAUAUCCUAUCCUCUAUAAGGAACGUAUGUGUUAGUCUGCUGGCAGGAACUGUUUUGGGAUUUUUUCUUCGAUAUUUUCCAAGUGAAGACCAGGAAGAACUGUCAUUGAAGAGAGGAUUUCUUAUUUUGACCAUGUGUGUUUCUGCUGUCUUAGGCAGCCAACGUAUUGGUUUACUUGGAUCUGGAGGAUUAUGCACACUAAUGAUGAGUUUCAUUGCAGGGACAAAAUGGUCCCAAGGAAAGAUGAAAGUCCAAAAGUUUAUUACAAAUGUAUGGGAUAUUUUUCAACCACUUCUUUUUGGUUUAGUUGGAGCAGAAGUAUCUGUUUCAUCUCUUGAAUCAAAUACUGUUGGCAUAUCUGUUGCUACUGUGAGUUUGGCAUUAUGUGUUCGAAUUUUAAUCACAUAUCUAUUGAUGUGCUUUGCUGGUUUUAGUUUUAAGGAGAAAAUAUUUAUUGCUUUCGCAUGGUUGCCCAAAGCUACAGUCCAGGCUGUAUUAGGUCCUCUGGCUCUAGAAACAGCAAGAAUCUCCGCACCCAACUUGGAAUCAUAUUCGAAGGAUGUGAUGACAGUAGCAUUUUUAGCCAUCUUGAUCACAGCUCCAAAUGGAGCUCUACUUAUUGGCAUUCUGGGGCCUAAAAUGCUUACACGCCAUUAUGAUCCAAGCGAAAUAAAACUGCAAUUGUCAACCUUAGAUAAACAUAAUUAAAAAGUUUACUUGUCAUUAUCUGCCUGCUUCUUUUAAUGAAUUAUUUUACAAGAAUUGUAAAGUAGAAAUAUGUGAAGACUAUACAGAAAAUCCAGGAUUUAGUAAACAUGUGAUCUCAGUAUAGGGCUUUUCUUGGAUCUUUUACUCCAAA